AAACAAUCCAGCCGGUCAUAGCCCUACAGGUGAAUGUACUUAUUAUUAUAACAUUAUUUUAUUGUGCUAAUUUUCAGUUGAGGAAUUGAUCCACCUUGGAAAGAGCCAUGGCCUCUAACAGUUGUUUAAACAGAGUUUUUCGGUCAAGUCGUCCUCUGCUUAACCUUGCAAAAAGAAACAGAGACAAAAGGACCAGUGUGGAGACCAGUGUGAAAAGCUUCAGCACAUCAGACCAAAGAAAAGUCCACAGAAGUCUCAUACCAGACAUAGACAUCCCCAAUGUUUCUCUUACAGACUUCUUGUUUCCAAGAUUUGACAAAUUCAGUAAAAAUGUUGCCAUGGUAGAUGGCACCACUGAGAAAUCCUAUACUUAUACAGAACUGAAAGAGAAUGCUAUUAAAGUAGCCAGUGCUUUAACCAGGAUGGGGUACAAGAAGGGAGAUGUUUUAGCCAUAUAUUCUACAAACAGCCCUGAAUUUACCAUGGUGAUGUUAGGGGCCGCAGCUGCAGGCAUUAUAGUCACAACAAUGAACCCAGCCUACACAUCAGGGGAACUGGCUAGACAUUUAGAACACUCGGGAGCUAGCAGUUUGUUUACAAUUCCUGCUUUAGUUGGGACUGUUAAAGAUGCACUAGAAACUGACAAAGUUCUCAACAGUAUUAUUAAGAACAUAGUAGUGUUUGGAACAGCAGACGGUCACCGACCAUUCUCCACCUUGUUAGAGGAUGAUGGGAAGGCCUUCCCAGAGAACAUCAGUAUUGAUCCAAUGGAAGAUGUUGUGGUUCUGCCUUACUCAAGUGGUACUACUGGUCUACCUAAAGGGGUUAUGUUGACACACAGUAAUAUAGUUUCCAAUCUUCUACAGUUCAGACCAUUAAUAAGUGUGAACGAAGAAGAUACAUGUUUGGGAGUUCUUCCUUUCUUCCAUAUCUAUGGUUUGUCUCCUGUGAUGAUGGGAGUUCUUCAAGAUGGAGGUAAACUUGUCACUCAACCAAGAUUUGACCCGGAAAUGUUCCUGAAAGCUUUACAAGGUUACAAGGUAACACAAGCACAUUUGGUGCCGCCCAUUAUACUGUUUUUAGCCAAACAUCCGGUUGUGAGUAAGUUUGAUUUGUCCAGUAUUACAAAGUUAAUCAGUGGAGCAGCACCCCUGGGAGAUUCCUUGACAGAAGAGGUUAUGGAGAGGCUCAAAGCACCUGUUUGUCAAGGUUAUGGAAUGACAGAGACCAGUCCAGUUAUUCAUGUUGAUACAGUACCAAAUACCAGAGGAUCCGUGGGAAAAGUUGUCCCAAAUACACUCUGUAAAAUUGUCUGUCCAGAUACAGACACCCAGUUAGAUAAAGAAGGAGAAGUCGGUGAAAUAUGUGUUAAAGGUCCACAAGUUAUGAAAGGCUACCUCCAUAAUAUAAAGGCUACAGAAGAUAUUAUAAGAGAUGGAUGGCUUCAUACAGGAGAUAUUGGUUAUGUGAAGGACAAUGGAAGUUUUGUAAUUACAGACAGACUGAAAGAAUUAAUUAAAUAUAAGGGUUAUCAAGUUGCCCCAGCAGAGUUAGAAGAUCUACUCCUUAACCACCCAGCAGUACAAGAUGUAGCAGUGAUAGGUAUGCCUGAUGAUGAGGCCGGAGAGGUACCAAGAGCUUACAUUGUCAAGAAACCCAACUCUGAUGUAUCAGCGGGAGAAAUAUCUCAAUAUGUAGAAGAUAAUGCUGCAUAUUAUAAGAAGCUAAGAGGAGGAGUACAGUUUAUUGAUCUUAUACCCAAAGCACCAAGUGGUAAAAUCUUGAGGAGAAUUUUGAAAGAGUCGUUGACUCAGGAUUAAACAAGAAUUACAUAGAAGCCCAAAAUCCAUAUUAUAUUAAUACAUUUCAACUAUGCAAUGCAUGUACAUGAUAGGAUCAUCAAAAUCACUGAAAUUGUGUGAAAAAAUGUCCCGAUCAUUGAUGGUCAUGGACAAUUUUAAAACAAGAUAACCGUGGAUCACAUAGAUAGAUAGAUAGAUAAAGUUUAGUCCUAUAUGUGGACACACUUUGAUUUUAUUUAGCUAAAUAUAAUUUUGAUUUUACAUUUUAAGCAUGCUAUAUAAUGGAGCCAUUUGAGUUAUCAUUAGACGAAAACUUUAUCUUUCAAGUUUUCCAUAGACUUGAAUAUUGCUAGAAUUUAAGAAUUUUUUUUGCAGUCAAACUUGUAUUAUUAUUGUGAUUAGCUUCAAUGCAAACUUAAUUUUUAUUGAUAUUUUACCAAAAUGAUUUUAAUGAUAUUUUAUCAAAAUGAUUUUAAUGAUAUUUUAUCAAAAUGAUUUUAAUGAUAUUUUAUUAAAGGAAAAGUUAAUAAAUUAGAAAUGGCAGCAGAUUGUAUUAAGAAUUAUUAUUUUUCAUGCAUAGAUAUUUUUACAUUUCUGAUCAAAUCAGGGUUUUUAUUUACCAUAUAACAUAUUUGUUUUGAAUAUUCCCUCAUAGAGAGUAUGGCAUUAUUUUAGGAAUAUAGUUUAUAUCUUAUGUUACUUUCACUUUUAUUUCAAUUUCAUUUAUUUUAUCUUUGUUUGUAUAUUUCAUUUUGACAUCCAUUUGAUUUAAUCAUUCCUUAGGUCAAUUGACAUCCCAUUGGUGUCAUCUGUACUAAGAUCAUCUGACCACUACUUGAGGUCAUCUGUACUUAGGUCAUCUGACCAGGACUUGAGGUCAUCUGUACUAAGGUCAUAUGAUCUCCAAUUGAAUUUCAUAUGUUCUAAGAGAUAAUUUGACCGCUUAUUAAAGUAAAGCUCUUUAUCUACCAACAUUUGAUUUUUUUUCUCAACAUCUUUAAAUUAGAACAAAAAGCUGAAAUGUUUGUAGCGUUAAUAUAUUCUAAUUUAGGGUUGCAUUUUGCAGUUGAAUGAACAUAGAAAAGCAUUAAUAUUAUCAUCUAAAAAAAGCUAUUUCUUAUAUAUUUACUAAGAACAAU